AUGUACUAUCCUAUGGGUUCUCGUGACUUGGAGGAAGAGGCGACAUUUGUAGAUUCCCCGCAUGUGGUACUUGAUCCGUCUACUCCUCCUCUUGUUCAAGGACGUGGUGAUGACGGUCAUGAUGGGGAUCAGAGAGGUAAUGACCACCUUCACUUGGAUCACACCCCACCAGCUACACCAAGUGUUUCCGUCCAUACUACUUCCUCCUCGUCGAGCCUAGGUGCUUCCUCUCCUGGCAGCAACUUGUCGGGCAGCAUAGGACAUCAACAACUUCAUUUCUCAUCAUCUGAGUCGGCUUCAUCUUCUACUUCGAACGAAGCAUCAUCCUCAUGUUCCAAAUUCGAGGAAUCUAUAGGUGGAUCACCACCCCCGUUGCCCAUCCUUCGGCGAUCAUCCUGA